AUGAAUAUCUCAAUUUGGAAUGAUCAAUUUUGGUUACCUGAAAAUAUUACAUGGAAUGAUUUUAGUCAACUUGAACAAAAUGGUAUUCGUUUACCACAAAUUCAUGAUCUUAUUUAUGUUUAUCCAUUAGCUGGAAUACUUUAUAUAACACGAGUUUUAUUUGAAAAUUAUAUUGCUCAACCAUUCGGUCGAUCAAUUGGUAUACAUGAUAAUCAAUCAAAUAUAAAACAUAUUGAUAAAAAAUCUAAUCAUUAUAAAUCAUCAGAUAAUAAACGAGUGAAACGUUGUACACGUAUUAGCCCAUUAACUAAAUUUAGUGAAUCAACUUGGCGUUUUACUUUUUAUCUUGGCAUAUUUUUAUAUGGUGUGAUAAUUUUAAAAAAUAAAAUUUGGCUAUGGGAUACACGCCAUUGUUGGUUAAAUUAUCCAAAUCAUUCAUUAACAAAUGAUGUUUAUUGGUAUUAUAUGAUGGAACUUGCUUUUUAUUGGUCAUUACUCUUUUCACAGUUUAUUGAUGUUAAAAGAAAAGAUUUUUGGGAAAUGUUUACUCAUCAUAUUGCUACUAUAUCAUUACUUUCAUUUUCUUAUAUUGUCAAUUUUGUACGUGUCGGAGCAUUAGUACUUGUUGUACAUGAUUGCGCAGAUUAUUGGCUUGAAUGUGCUAAAAUGGCUAAGUAUGCGCGAGCGCAGCGCACCUGUGAUACAAUGUUCGUGAUAUUUGCUGUUGUUUGGUUUAUAACACGUCUCUGCUAUUAUCCAUAUAAAGUAUUAUAUACGACGACAUUCGAAGAAAUGACUAUUUUAGGUUUAUUUCCUGCUUAUUAUGUAUUCAAUGGACUUCUAAUAUUGCUUCAAAUUCUUCACUAUUUUUGGUUCUAUCUAAUCUGUCAAGUAGCGAUUUCAGCUUGCAAAGCCGGCGAAGUAACAAAAGACCAACGAAGCGACAGCGAAGAAAGUGAUGAUGAACAAGAUAUUAUCGAUGGUGAUGUUGAUAAAGACAAGUGA